AACACCAGAGAAGAAGAGCAUUGCUGUGAUUGGCAAAGUACCACGUGAUUAAAAUCGUCAUACCCGGAAGAAUGACAAAUGUUGAUUGUUGCUAACGUUCCAGGUAUCUUAAUGCAAAGAGGACAAUACCAAAAUGGCAUCCUACUUUGAUGAACAUGACUGCGAGCCCACCAACCCUGAGGAACAGUAUCGCCAGAAUGCACUACUGGAGCUGGCCAGGUCUUUAAUGCAGGGCCUGGACCUGUUUGACUCAGGGGCAUAUGACUUGUCAGACUGGGACCACCGUCUUCCUCCUCCAGCUGCCAAAACCGCUGUUCAGACCCUCACUGUGGUCAUCAUUUCUCCAGAGCAAGCAGACAAAGGUCUCAAGUGUCCUGUGUGUUUGUUGGAGUUCGAGGAACAAGAAACUGUUCGAGAAAUGCCUUGCAAACACCUUUUCCACUCAGGAUGCAUCCUGCCCUGGUUGGGCAAGACUAACUCCUGUCCACUAUGCCGACUUGAAUUACCAACUGACAAUCCAGAGUAUGAGGAGUUUAAAAAAGACAAGGAGAGAAGAAAACAGAGGGAGCACAGGCUGGAGGACCUACACGGAGCCAUGUACACAUGACGUGAUCAGGCUGUGGUGCAAGUUUUGAGUGAUAUUUUACUGAAAAAAAAAGAUAAAUUAAUGCAAUUUUAUACAGAAUGUAUUUUCAAGUUUCAGGAUGGGAAGUAAUGUCCAUAUCAUUUUCAUACUUGUAGCCACUAGAAAUAUCAGGAAUGUGUGACAUUUACAAUAUCUCCCAGAUGGCAUCAGCUCUGUCUAAGUUGAAUCCAACAGUACAAACAUGUAACACAAUAAAAUAGCUAAUUUAGGCUUAAUUUCUAUUGAUCUGGUUUGAGCACAUGGUUAGUGAUGGAGUAACCAUCUGGCAAUAAAAUGUGUGACUGCUCCA